AGCUAGCGCCGCGCCGCUGCGACCUAAAAGCAGCCGUAACGCUCGUGGGACCGCCUACCGAGGGGCAGCUGCGGACGCCCGCCGACGCGAGGCUCGGCAUCUAGCCGCUCCCGGGAGGACGGCACGGGCUGCCCAGCACAAGGGCAAGGCCACGAUGCGCUCCCCGCCCGGCGCCCUACCGACGAAGCCCCCGCCGACGCCCAUGGCCAAACUCCAAGAUGACAUUACCGAGAUCGACAUCCUGCUGGAAGCGUCGAAGCGCGCGCGCGAGUCCGUCGCCGACCGCGCCAAAGGCCUCUACGAAGAGCACCUCGCGACGCAGCGCAAGUUCGAUGCGGACCUGCAGCGCGAAACGCUCGCGAAGAAGCCGGGCCUGCGCGUCGACCACUCGCUGAUGUUCCACCUCGGCGGUGGUCAAGACGCCGAUACUGUACCAUCGGCGCCGGGCACCGCUCCUCAAAAGAAGAAGGAAGCCACACCGCUGCCCGAGGACGCCGUCGUGCCCCCUCCACCUAGUUACGCGACGGACCAGGAGGCGAGGGAGUGGGACGACUACUAUCGCUACUGCGCGCGCGGUGCUCUGUUCAAGGCGCUAGAUCGAGGGCGGAUGACCGAACUAGAAAUGGGAAAGGAACUAGCUAAAAUAGCCUUGGAGGCGGAGUCGUUACCGCGCUACGGCGACGACGAGGAGUACUACGACGAGACCGCUCCUCAAGUGUUGCUAGACCUCGCGCGGAUCCGCGACGUCGACUCACGAUUGGGCAAGUCCAAAACAAAGCUGUAUAAGGCUCGACGAAGUGCCUACGACGAAGUCCGACAGCGCUUGGACGCCUACGGCCCCAAGAAGAUCAAGGACCCCGGGAUGGCGCAGCGCAUGCGGGAUCUCGGUCUCAGAUUACCGACGGGACCGGCACUCGUGCAGGAAGCUUUAGAAGAGCACGCUUUGCGUAAAAAGCAGCAGAAAGGGUUGCAGCUGGCGCCGGCGCCGGCGCCCUCGGAGCAAUUCGAAGAGUACUACGAGGAGGACUUCCCGGUACUGACUCGGCGUGAAAAAUGAACUUGAACUUGAUCUGGUGGAGGCGAUGGCGUCGAUGCGGUCGCCAGAGCGCCCACGCGCCUCGUGAGGUCGUUUUGUGACGGUGUCGUUCCCACGCAGGAGACGCCCGACGUCAUGCCAGAACCCGAACUAACGGCGCAAGAAAUUGUGGAAAGGCAGACUCGAGUGGCCGGGCAAAUGCGUAGACAUAUCAAGCGCGACAAACACGUGCUGGACCCAAUGCAUCAGCUCCCGGCCGACCCGGAAGGUCUCCCGAGAGACAUGCUGUUCUCGUCGAUAGCCAAGGAACACACGGUGAGUGUGGACCUGGCCUUCCCGUCGCUGGACGCCUAUCGGAGGAGCGAGCACGACGUCGCCGCGUAUUUUGCUCCAGGCUACACGGCUCACUUGUCAGAAAUUGACAAGAUCAAACACGUGGGCGGCUUCUGGACGGGCAUCCGGGCCGAGACGCGGAGGAUGAAUUCAGAGGACGUGCCGUCGCCCGUUCCUAAGACAGAAGUGUUGGCUCCUGUCCAAGAGCCGACGCGCACGCUGCGACGCAUUCCCAUCAGAACGACGGCGUUGGAGUCGUUCAGAGAUUGUGUGGAGCACGGGGCGGCGUGCUUGUCUUCGGUCAAUCUACCAGAGGCUUCUCGCAAAGCAUUGGAGGGUCCUCGGUUUGCCCAGGCCAUCGCGACUUGUGGUGAGGCUCUAGACCUGGCUUUAGACGGUUCGGAUUCAGAUAGGUCGUUGAUAGCUGAGGCGUUGUCCCAGGUCUGCGCUUCGCAAGCUGCUCUACCUAUCUUGGACUCGGCGAGACCGCCUACGCCACCGGAGUGCGACGCCUACGCUAGGGUAGUCGCGGCAGCAGCAAGACGAGAGGAGAACUUCGCCUACCCCGCGUCCUUCGCCCAUCUCUGCGCCUUUUGCUGCGUGUGUGCUGCAUUGGAGGACGCCGCCGCGGACGAGCUAGCACAGACAAAACGCAAGAGUGAUCGAGGUGCGUUUGAAGCGGAAAGAGCCUAUAGGGAUUUGGUGCGAGCGCCCCCGCAAACGAAGGACGAGUGCCUCGACUGGAUCGACGAGCUCCACGCGUGUGGUGCCUUGUCGGAGAGCACUUGUGGCUCCAUGGCCGAAGCCAUCCCGCAGCGCAAGACUAACGUCGCUACCGUUGUCGCGUCGGCCGGUUUUGAGAGUGAUGUAGACGCUUGCGCGACGUACGAGGCCCUGCACGAGGAUGGUGUGAAACGACUCCCGCGGACGGUUGACAGGGACGACGCCGCGUUACUGCUCUAUGCUCUCAUUCUAGCCGCUCUAGACGAAGCGCGGCCCGCGUAUGAACUGCAAGAAUUAAUACGAUCAACGGCCGCCGAGGCCGGCCCGCCGUCGCUCCACAAACCCCACAAAGUAACAGAGGAUCAACCCGAGGACGAGGCCGAGGACGAGGAACCUUCUUCAGAACUACUACUCGUGAGGGCCUUCCGCAAGGCCGUGCGGGAGGCGGGCAACACCUUCGACGGGACUGAUGAAGGUUCUGUGGAUUUCGACGCGGCCUUCGCCGCACUAGCUGGAGGAGGCAUGGAGCAGAUCCCGCCGCAACUCUGCGCGCCGCUGUUGCGACCCUUCGCGACGCACUGGGGCUCAUCGGAGGGCAAAGCGCUGAGUGAGGCGCCUUUUGAUGAUGCGGCGCCGCGGAAGGUCGCCGCUUUGCUCGCGGCAUCCACCGGCGGCCAGGUCCAGGCGCGGUCUCUGGAGCUGUUUUUAGCUGAAACCGCGCCGGCGACGGCGGCCGUGCCCGAGGGCGAGGCGCCCAUCGUCGUGGGGCGGCGCCUGCGGCGGCUGCGGAACGGCGGGUUUGGGGUCGUGACCGCCACCGAGGCGCCCGGGGCGGCCGCGGGCUCGGCCUGGAUGCUCCACGGCCUCGUCUGCCCGGGGCGGGUCCGAAGUCAAGUUGCGGUGGCGUUGGACGACCUGCCGGCCGGCGCCGCCGUCGACGGCCUGCCGGACGCUCUUCUGCGGUGGGCGCGCUUCGACGACGCGGGGAUGCUGACGGGGGUCUUCGCAUAAAUCACAAUACAAA